AGGCGCGCCUACUCGUUCCUGGAGGAGCUGAGGCCCGGCUCCCUGGAGAGAGAGUGCAGGGAGGAGCUUUGCUCCUUUGAGGAGGCCAGGGAGAUCUUCCAGGACACCCAGAGGACGAAGCAGUUCUGGAUUUCUUACACCGAUGGGGACCAGUGCGCCUCGAACCCGUGCCGGAACGGAGGCACCUGUGAGGACCAGUUCCAGUCCUACAUCUGCUUCUGCCUCGACGGUUUCCAGGGCCGGAACUGUGAGACAAGUGAGCCAUCCCGCAGUUUGCAGACAGAGCCCCCAGCAGGCUGACGGGCACGGCCUGCUCCACCGCCAACAUGAGAGCCUUGGUUCUAAAGACAAGAAGGACCUGCUGGUCUGUGUGAAUGAGAAUGGAGGCUGUGAGCAGUACUGCAGUGACCACGCUGAGGCCGGGCGCUCCUGCCGCUGCCACAAGGGGUACGCGCUCCAAGACAACGGGGUGUCCUGCGUACCCACAGUGGAAUAUCCAUGUGGAAAAAUACCUGUUCUGUUGAAGAGAAAUGGCAGCAACCCCCAAGGCCGAAUUGUGGGUGGCCAAGUGUGCCCCAAAGGGGAGUGUCCUUGGCAGGCUGUCCUGAAGGUGGACGGGGCGCUGCUGUGUGGAGGCACCCUGCUCGACACUGCCUGGGUGGUCUCUGCGGCUCACUGCUUUGAAACAGUCAAGAACUGGACAAACCUGACCGUGGUACUGGGCGAGCAUGACCUCAGCGAGGAUGAGGGUGAGGAGCAGGAGAGGCACGUAACCCGGGCCAUCAUCCCCGACAAGUACAUCCCCCGCAAGACGAACCAUGACAUCGCCCUGCUGCACCUGAGCAGGCCCGUGACCUUCACCGACCACGUGGUGCCCCUGUGUCUGCCCGAGAAGGCCUUCUCCGAGAGGACGCUGGCCUCUGUCCGCUUCUCAACUGUCAGUGGCUGGGGCCGGCUGCUGGACAAGGGCGCCACGGCCGUCCAGCUCAUGGCCAUCGACGUGCCCCGGGUGAUGACCCAGGACUGCCAGGAGAAGUCACGCAGGCGGGAGGGCUCCCCCACCAUCACCGAGAACAUGUUCUGUGCCGGCUACCUGGACGGGAGCAAGGACGCCUGCCAGGGGGACAGUGGGGGCCCGCAUGCCACCAAGUUCCAGGGCACCUGGUACCUGACCGGCAUCGUCAGCUGGGGGGAGGGCUGUGCGAACGAGGGCCACUUCGGGGUGUACACCAGGGUCUCCCAGUACAUUGAGUGGAUGCGCAGGCUCAUGCGCUCCAGCACGACCCUAAGAGGCCUCCUCCGGGCCCCACUGCCCUAGCCCCAGGGCCAGCGCCGGCCCCAAAUAAAGCUGCUGCCAGUCCCUCCCUCAAACCUGGAAACACCCUUGCAGUUCCUGGGGUGGGAGGGCGUUGGGAGACAUGGAGACAGAGACGGCUGGCCAGGAGGGAGGCACU